GCAGGAUAGGUCGCCCCCGGAGGUCAUGAGGGUGCUGGUUCGGCGCUGCUGGGGGCCCCGGCCUGUGGGUGGCGGUCCGGGCGGUAAGCGGAGGCCCCAGUGGCAAGCGCUGGCCGGGCUCGGCGGGUCCCCUGCCGGGGAGGAUGGCCGGGGCGUCCGAGUCCGCGAGAAGCCGCCCUGGCGGGUGCUCUUCUUCGGCACAGACCGGUUCGCCCGCGAGGCGCUGCGGGCGCUGCACGCCGCCAGAGAAAACAAAGAGGAAGAGUUAAUUGAAAAAUUGGAGGUGGUCACACUGCCCUCCCCAUCCCCAAAAGGACUACCAGUGAAGCAAUAUGCUGUCCAGUCUCAGCUUCCAGUGUAUGAGUGGCCAGAUGUGGGAUCCGGAGAGUACGACGUUGGAGUGGUAGCUUCAUUUGGCCGACUUUUGAGUGAGGCUCUUAUUCUUAAAUUUCCUUAUGGCAUCUUGAAUGUCCAUCCCAGUUGCCUCCCGAGGUGGCGUGGUCCAGCCCCUAUAAUCCAUACCGUGCUUCACGGAGACACAGUUACUGGAGUAACGAUUAUGCAAAUUAGGCCUAAAAGGUUUGAUGUCGGCCCAAUUCUCAAACAGGAGGUCGUUCCUGUGCCACCUAAGAGCACUGCCAAGGAGCUGGAGGAAGUGCUGUCAAGACUGGGGGCCAACAUGCUUAUUUCAGUUUUGAAAAAUUUGCCUGAGAGUUUGAGCAAUGGAAGGCAGCAGCCAACUGAGGGAGUGACACAUGCCCCUAAGAUUUCUGCUGGUACCAGCUGUAUAAAAUGGGAGGAACAAACUUCAGAGCAAAUAUUCAGACUUUAUCGUGCCAUUGGAACUAUAAUUCCGUUGCAGACUCUCUGGAUGGAUAAUACCAUUAAACUUCUGGAUUUGGUAGAAGUUAAUAGUUCAGUCCUCACUGAUCCAAAAUUAAGAGAACAACCUGUUAUUCCAGGAUCAGUAAUAUACCACAAACAGUCACAAAUACUGCUGGUUUGUUGCAAGGAUGGCUGGAUUGGUAUUCGAUCAGUGAUGCUCAAGAAAACACUAACAGCUACUGAUUUCUACAAUGGGUAUCUGCACCCCUGGUACCAGAAAGAUUCCCAAGCUCAACCAAGGCAGUGCAGAUUUCAGACUCUCAGACUUCCAACAAAGAAGAAGCAGGAAAAAAAAAUUGUUGCUAUGCAACAGUGCAUUAAGUAGUUAGGAAGUAGAUGGACAAGAACCUACUACAUAUUUGUAAUUUAUUAAAAGCCACAUUUACAAGGAAUUACCUUGACUUUCAAAGAAGAUGACACUGUUGGAGGGACAGGAAAGAAGAUUAUUGUCAAAAAGAUGAAUUACCUCACUUCCCAUUUUUUGUUUAACAGUAGUUAAAACCCACUUUUUUAUUUGAAUAACAAAAAGAGCUUUAAAUAAAUUUUUUAUUUAUAAUGUGAAA